AUGGCGAUGAUGAUGACUGGCCGUGUGCUGCUGGUGUGUGCCCUCUGCGUGCUGUGGUGCGGUGCGGCGGUGGUGGUAUCGUCGAUGCCUGAUGCCAACAGUGUGCAAAGUUUUUGGCGUGAGAAUUUGAUCCCAAGGUGGCAUGAACUGCUGAAGAACGAAUGCGAGGCGGAAUAUUCUAAAGAAACAAAUUUGAGUUUGAAGGAUUUGGCCGUGAAUUGUUGUUUACAUCAUGCCAUGCAUGAACUUUGUAAGGAUCUUUACCCUAAGCUGUUCAAGAAAACUGAAUUCUCUAAUGUUGAGGGUGUUUGCAAAGAGUACGCUGCAGAACCAGAUGAAGUCAAAUGCCCAAAAAGGCAAACCCAACCGCCGCCAGCUACGGACAAUUCAGUGAAAGUAUCGGUUCCAGAAGCACUGGGAAAGGAAGGAGACUUGGGAGAAACACCGGAAGAGGCACCUCUGGCAGAUCUACCAGCAAAACCAACAAAAGGACCACCAUCCUCGCCAAUGGGAGGACAACCCACCAAUGCAGAUGAUGUGCCGGCACCAAAAUCAGAGGAACGCCCAGUAAGCACGAGGCCAACAAACGAUUCGAGAGAAGGGGACACUGACACAAUCACAGACACCGAUCAGGAGGAAACAUCUACCAGUGAAGCCGAAUCAGCCGCACCAACACCCCCAGUUGCCAGCGAUAAUGAUGAUGACAACGAAACGGACAAGGGCACUGGAGAAAAAGUUCCGAACAAUGCACCGGAAUCCGAUGUUGCAGGCACAAAUGAAAAAAAAGAUGAAAAUAAGGAUAAUAAUCCGAAGGAAACACCGGUCCAAGUUGCAGGUAUAAAAACUGAUACGACGCCUGGCGACAGUGACGGCAGCACCGCGGUCUCCCACACCACCUCCCCUCUUUUGCUUCUUCUUCUUGUUGCGUGUGCGGCUGCUGCUGCGGUGGUGGCCGCGUGA